AUGCCAUCUCACAGGAUAUCAAGAGAACGUGAAAGCUCUGGACAUCAGCGGAAGAAGAAACUACGAAAGCGGAAGCCAACAAGUAAAUCUUUAGACAGAAAGAACAAUGACUCAGUGGAGGCUCAUCUAGCUGGAUCAACAUCUAUGAGGAGCAUUCUAGAAAAGUGUCAUGAUGAUAGAGAUACGAGACCUUUCAGCUCUACAAAGGGAAGGGUAUCUUCCUUUCCAGAGAGAUAUGUACCAUCCAAAGAGAUCCUGAACAAAGCUGCAAGCAACAUGAUAAAGGUUUUGAAUGCUGCUCAUCGAAGUGAAAUGGGGACUCUCCAGGAAUUGAAUUGCAGUGAUCCUGAUGACCCAAAGCCAUCUGCUCCACAAAUGAUGCUGGCAAAGCUACCAUCAAAGAGAUAUGCUGACUCCCCAGCAUCUCCUAGGCGAAGAGGGAGAAGUUUAUCGCCCAAGAGACAGAAGAAACCAUGCUUUGUGGAUCAGAUCCCAAAGGAUUUUAUGGAGAGAAUCAAGAGAUAUUACAACUAUCUUGACAUCCCAGAAGCAGAUGAUGGUCAACUGACCAAAAAGCUCAUUGAGGAAAUUAAGGAAAACUGCAAUCAAUGCAUGCUUCAAGAUGUGUUGCAGCUGCUGAUGAAAGAGGUGCCUUCCCCAUCAUCUGGGAGAGAUCCCCCUACCACUCCACUGAACUACCACACAGCUGCAUACUCUUGUUUGUCCACAUUCACGUUCCACAGGGGUGUGCACAGGCCCACUUCCUUCAGACAGCCUCGAAAUGCCAUAAUGCCAUCAGAUGGUGAUGUGAAAAUCCAUCGGGAGAAUCCUGUUGUGACAGUUAGCCGACCUGUGCCGUCUGUUCCCCUUGAACCCUCCAGUAACAUAGUUGGCCUCAGCAUUGCCCCAGCACCAUCACAGCAUGACAAUCAGACACGUCAUGCAGCAAGAAAUGCCAAAAAUCGUAAGUGCAAAGAAACAAGGUCAUUUCAAGCUUCCUCUGUAAAUCCUGAUAAUUGUGAAAGCUCUGAUCACCUGUUGACCAAUACCACAAGUGAGACAAUGCUGCAACACAUUCCAACACAGUACCCUCAAGGACGAUCGCAGCAUCCACGAUCUCAGCAGCAGGAAUCAUGCCCUGAGGGGCUCCUUGGGGUUCUGCCAGGCAUGAAUCCUUUUGCUGGCAAUCACUUGAUAACAUCUUAUUAUGAUGUUCCCCUGGAGCCAAGGCAAAAUCCACAGCCUGCUUCCAGCAGCAGUUUGUUCUCAUAUUCUUCAAUGGAUGUUGGACCUGCAAAUCCUCAACAACCAUACUUGAAUCUCACAGCUGAAUCAAAUCGGUACCAUUCUCCUCGGGGAAACACUAGAUUUGUGUUGAUGAAUGUCCAGCCCAGAGAACUGCUGUCAUCAGAGGAAUUUCCAUCAGCUCCAUUGUUUAAUGAAAACCAUGACAGAUCUAUCUUCAAUACAUCUCACCUAUUUUGUACUGAGGAAUCAAGUGGUGCUUCUCAACUCCCAACAUUUGUAAGCAGAGGCAAUCCAAGUGUGACAUAUGAUGAUCGGGGUGGGAACACGAGGCCAGACGAUUCAUGGAUGAAGGUAGGAUUGCCUCCUAAUCCUGCAGCUCAUCCAGAAGAGGGUUUCCAGAGACCUCCACCUGAUGGUAUGAAACAUAAGAGUCUCACUUCUGGUCACUCUGCGAGAUACAGAUCAAGGCAGAUGGAACCUGGUGACCCGAUCCAGUUUGUUGGAUAUCAAGAUCAUCAACCUAAGUCAAAUGCUGCCACACAUGUGAAUGGGAGGGCAGCAACUGAUUUCUUCUGUCCCUCUCUUGUCUCUUCUUCACAAUUGAGAUCUGAUGACAGAGGCUUUCAGUCAUCUGUGCCUCCUGUUCAUGUCAGUUCAUAUUAUCGUGGGACAUCAUAUGCAAAUUGUGGGAUGGAUGCUGUUGACUCCAGACAAUCUGUAAACCUUCAGCAAUUUCCUCCAACUCAAACAUGGCAUCAAGGCAAUACCCCUGUUCGCAUUGAUGCAGGAUUGUUGCAGGCAUCUACUAACAAUCCUUCCAAUUUUGGAGUCCCUCACUUUCAUAAUAAUUCAUCGGCAUCAUAUCGAGAGACUGGACCUGCUUCCCUUGGUUUCUUGGACUCCAGAUUCAUAAAUAGGAACUGGGAGCCAAAUCCUCUGCCUUCAAAUGAAGGUCAACGACCAAACCUUCCUUCAAACAAUCUUUAUGGGAAAGAGGCUUCCCAUCGAAACAAGGCCGUCUCGACUCGUCACGUGCCCGAGAGUCCGAAUAUGUAUUUCCUCCUUCAAACCAUUUUGAGCCCAGACACUUCUGUAUCUGAUCGAACAACCUCUUACGAAAGACCCCCAAGGGAAUCU